AUGACUCACUGGCACGCAUAUAGAGGCGUCCCCGCCAACCCCUCCGCUCUACCUAUGGGCACCGGCAUUUCUAGCAGCAGCUCGAAACCCAAGACAGAAGCCAAAGCCCACGGCACAGGGGAGGGAUCCUCCUCCUCCAACUCGGGGGGGUUCAAGAUAUCCAAACUCCUCAAGCCAUCCAAGAAGUCAGCAAAGGGAGGAGAGUCGGGCACAGGCGCACCGUAUACCGCGCUACCGUCCAGUGCUGAGGUAGACAAGAUCCCGCCUCCUUCUGAGCCCAAGUCGACCGAAGCAAAGGCGAAGAAGACCAAUCCAAGCGUCGCGCAUAUGAAUACCAGGCACAUGGGUCCCUCCAUGGGAAGGCUUGGAGGGAUGUAGAGGAAUAAUGGAAAUGGACUAUCACUCGGAAGAUGGGGCAGAUGGCCCUCUCCCUCCUCCCGACUGACGCCUCCUUUCACCAUCGGAUUACCGCCGCAGAGACGGUCCGCCUUACGGAAGCACCUGUCUCACGCCUGAAAGCAACAGAUUUGCACCCUUGUUACCCUUUCAUCCAAUUUCGCUCGGUUGCCGUACAUGCAAUCCACCGACUAUCCUGCCGGCACGAAAUUGCCUAGAGCCCCCUUUCUCCCUCUUCGCGCUCUCACAUACUUUCGCCAUCUCCUGGACCACCCAUCUUUGCGUGAAGUUUAUUUUUAAGACUUUUGAGGCUGUUCAAGGUGAUCGAGGGGCGGCGAGAGAAGGGAGAACUUGUCGUUUACGCUGGUUUAUCUUCUACGGUCUAACAUUGCACUCCUUCGAUACACAAAAAGGUAGUUAAGUCAUCAGCAAGCAAACCCUCCAGGACAUGUCCUGCCCCUGUGACCAUAGUCCAUCCAUGCAGUCCUGUUGUAUAAUUUAAUCAUGUAUCGACAUGCACACACUGUGAC